ACCAACAACAACACAAAAUCAGUUAACAGCAAACAGGAAAUUUUAUAUUUUGGGCAACUUUUGUUGUUGUUUCUGCAUGCGUUGCAACUCUGAAUAUGGCGCAGCAUUGUGAUCAGCGUUGGCUCAAAUUAUUUACAGGCAGCCUGCUGCUCUGCCUGCUGUUGCAGUGGCAAGUGGCAGAGACAGAGGCAAAACGCAACACGGGCAAUGCCAACCUAAGUGCCUGCCAGCAUCUGCGACGCGCCGAAUCCAGACGCGCCAAGGCGCUGCAGCCCAAUGGAGGCGCCGCCAAGGUGAGAAUACCACGCUGCCGCAAGAGCGGUGAGUUCGAGUCCAUACAAUGUGCCAACGAACGCGCUGGCGAGGAUUGCUGGUGCAUAGACGAGUAUGGUGUGGAGUUGCCCGGCACACGCAACGAGAGUCGCGUCCAUGUGCGCUGUGAGGAGCCGGCGCACUGUGCCGCCUCCGCCUGCCGCAUGUUUUGUCCCUCGGGCUUUGCGCGAGAUCCAGCCACAGGUUGCUCUGUCUGCCGUUGCCGUGAUCCCUGCGACAGCAUCGAUUGCCCCAAUGGACAGUCCUGUCAGCUGCAGGAAGUGCAAUGCAAGUCGGAGCCGUGUCCGCCGUUGCCCACGUGCAAGAAAGCGCGCUCGCUGGCCAACUACUGCCCCGCCGGAUUGCCGCUGGCCAUCGACGAUAGCGUUAGACCCUUCCUAUGUGGCCUGGAUGCCGGCAAGCCACAGUGCCCGCCGCUGUAUCAGUGCCUGGUGGAGUCUGGCAACGAUUAUGGCGUCUGCUGUCCCAGCGCACUGAACUUCCAGAAGCCGGGCGUAUGUCCCGCACCCGAGCAGACGCCGCAUAGUGAGCGCACUGGCUACAUGUGUGGCGCGCCUUGUACGCACGAUCUGGAGUGCCGUAAUAUGGACAAGUGUUGCUUCAGCAAGGGCUGCCAGUUCAAUUGCCAGCAGCCCAACAAUGUCACCGGCUGCCAUCAAGCACGAGCUUUGGCCAAUGUGCUGGCCAUCAGUGAGCGCGAGGGACGCGGCUAUGUGCCGGACUGCAACGGACCCGGCGGACAGUAUGCGCCUAGGCAGUGCUCACGCAAUGGCCUCGUCUGCUGGUGCGUAGAUCCGCGCACAGGCCACAAGAUCAAGGAGUCCAUGGGCGCUGCCCAGACAGUCAACUGCGAUGGCUGGGAGAACAUGAUAAGCCGCAGCUACGCGCGCAGUUUCCAAAUGCAACAAUGCGAUACAAACAUCUGCGCCGCCAUCUGUGAAUAUGGCUUCAAGAACGAUCACAAUGGCUGUCCCAGCUGCGAGUGCGCGGAGCCCUGCGAGGGCUUCAAGUGCGCCAUUGGCUCACAUUGCGAGGUGGCCACCGAUCCUGCUUGCGAAUCCAGCUCCGGCUCCAGCGCACUCUGCGCCUCUUGGCCCAUUUGUAAACCCGAUUUGGCUUACUCCAAUCCCUGCACUGUGGGCACACCGCUCACAGACGCCGCCAGCGCUGAGCUCAUGUACUGCUUUGAAGAGCAAGAGCGUCAGGCACGCAGCUUCCAGCCCAGAGCUUUCUUUGAGCCCGAGCCAGAGUCGCAGGCCAAGCAAGGACGCGCCAUGAGCAAUCGCAUCAUGUGCCCAGCGGACUACAAGUGCACCAAGCUGCAUCGCGACACUGAAAGCGUCUGCUGCCCAUUGCCCGAGCCCGAAGCAGAACAGAGCAGUCCAACGGAGGAGUCAACGACACGCCAGCAAACGAUGUGUGAAUAUCUGCGCGACUUUUCGGAGCGCAUGGAGGGCACGGAGGAAGGCAUGCAGCUGGCCAUUGCGGCGCCCAUGUGCAAUGAGGAGGGUGACUAUCAGCCCAGGCAGUGUGAGCUGCGCAAGAUACGCGUGACACGCGCGGAGCAGCGCAAGAUUCUGGAGGAGAACACCAUAAGACGUAUGCGCAUGCUGCUGAGCAGCGCCAGCGCUGGAGCGCCCAAGCGCAGCAGACGCGAGGCAGAGCGACUGAAGCUGUAUCGCGUGGAUGACAGUCUGCUCAAGGUGCAGGUGGCAGCGCCGGUGAUGGCGCGCAGCGCCAAGGUCAUAGACAUGGGUCAGCAUCUGGGCCAGCAGCAAUUGUUUGAAACUGAUUUGAAGAAGGUGCUGCCGGCGUCCAAGCGCCCGAACGUAGCAGCAGCGGAUGAGGAACUUGUGGAGCUGGAGGUGGAACAGUGCUGGUGCGUGGAUAGCUUUGGCACAGAAAUUCCCCAGUCACGUGGCUUCAAUGUAAGCCUGGAGAGCUGUCAGCAGCUGCGUGAGCAAUUGGAUUGCCUGGAUCUAACCUGUCGCAUGGGCUGUGAGUACGGCUUUGCUUUGGAUGCGGAGACACGUUGUCCAGCCUGUCAGUGUCGUGAUCCUUGCGAGGGCGUGACCAACUGCGGCGAGGGCAAGGAAUGCCGCAUAGUGGAUGUCAGCUGCGAGGGCGAGUAUUGUCCACCAGUGCCGGCCUGUCUGCCGCGCAAGCCCGGUCAGUGUCCGUAUCUGGUGCCACCUGGCCCUACGGAUAGCUGUGCCUAUGAAUGCCGCACGGAUGCGCAUUGCGCCGGCUCCAGACGCUGCUGCUCCAAUGGCUGUGGCACGCAGUGCGUGGAGCCGCAGCUGAAGACCGCCUGCCAGCAUCUGCAAUCUGUGCAGCUGCAUCAGAGCUCCGAGCUGGGCAUACCCGCGCGUCAAAUGCAUAUAGCCCAGUGUGAUGCCCAAACCGGUGCCUGGGAGCAGGUGCAGUGCUCGCCUGCGGGUCAGUGCUGGUGCGUGGAUGCUCAAGGCCAGCAGCUGGCGGGCACCAAAGUAGAGGCGCCGUCUAAGCCUGUCUGUAAGGCGAACUCCAGCUUUGCCUGCCCACAGUCGAACUGCAGUCUGAGCUGCGAGAGCGGCUACCAGUCGGAUGAGCAUGGCUGUCCCACUUGCGCCUGUCGCAACUACUGCGAUGAACUCAGCUGCGCCGUCGAUGAGGAGUGCCAGCUCAUCAGCGUCGAGUGCGUGGAUGCGCCUUGUCCCAAGCUGCCCAUAUGUGUGCCACGUCGUGAAUCCGUCUGCGCUGAAGGUAAGCCGCUCCAACAAGGCGGUCUAGAUGUCAGCUGUGGUCCCCACAAUGAGCAGGAGGCUUGUCCCAGCACCCACAGCUGUCAGCUUAAUCCAGUCAGCAAUCGUGGCGUCUGCUGCGCCAAAACGCGCGAUGUCUGCUUCGAAUCGCAGGACAAGCUGUGCCUCGCCAGCGCCAGUUCCACCCACAACAGCACACGCUAUCGCUUCAGUCCCAAGGCCAACAAGUGUCUGGCUGUCAACAUUGACUUGGACGCCGCCAGCUGCCAGACCAAGAAUCUAUUCCACAACGAACUCGCCUGCAACUCUGUGUGUCCAGUGCUUACCCAAUGCGAACGCUUGAAAGUCAAGAACAGUUUGGCAGCCCAACGCACUGGACACUCUUCGGUUUGGUUCCAGCCACGCUGUGAUCCCGUUACUGGUCACUGGAGUCCAGUGCAGUGUCUGGGCAAGCAGCCUGCACUCUCUAGUCUGCCACGCCCCACAGAAGUAAUCAGUCGCGCCUUUGCCAGCUCACAGGAGCAGGCGACGCCCUAUGGCGUUUGCUGGUGUGCAGAUCGCAAGGGUGCGCCGCUCAAGGGCUCGUUGACACGUGACCAGGAGCCCAGCUGCAAUAGUCGGCAGGCGCGUAAUCGCCAGCACUUGUCUGAUGCGGGAGAUCCGCUGAUGGAGCAGCUGAUAGGUCAACUAACGCUGCUGAACGAUGUGAACCAGGAGAUGGACUUUGAUGAGCUGGAGCAGCAGCUGCUGCUGCCACAGAGCACAGCCGCGCCCGAGAUGAUCAGCGGACGCAACUUGGAGUUGGAGUUGGCCAAUUCGCUGUUGGACUCGCAGCUAAGCGUGGAGUCCAGCACGUUGCAGCCGCUGCAGGUGAAGAGCACACGUUGCCAGGCUUUGGCCAAGACCGCAAGCUUUCCCGUAAGCUGUGACGAUGCGGGCGCCUUCAAGCCGCUGCAGUGCAAUGGACGCAGCUGCUGGUGCGUGGAUGCCGCUGGCAAUCAGCUGCAGUCCACACACAUCUUUGGCCAAGGCGACAGGCACUGCGAGGUGGUGCCCAUUGAGGCAGUGGCCAUUGAGCUGCAUAUGAGCAACAGCAGCGGACGCAGUGUGCGUAAUGUCUAUGAUGCCAUCAAGCGUGAGCUGCUGCAGCUGCUGGGCGAUGUGCUGGAGAAUCUGCGCGUGCAGGAGAACUUCGACGGCUCCGUUAUCGUGCGCUUUGAGCUGCAUCAUGCGGCCAAGGUGGAUCUUGCUUUUGCUAUUGAGAGCGCCAUUUCAGCUGGUGAAUUCCAGCUGGUCAACGGACUCUAUCAAGCGGAUCUAACGCGUUCACACUUCAUACAUCGCACUGCGGCGACGCCGCAGGCGCAGGCAGUGCAUGCCGAGGAUGAAUCCGUGCAGCUGGCCAUGUUUGUGCUCGCCAGCUGCUCCGCUUUUCUGGUCAGCGUGUUUGUCGUCUAUGUCAUGUUGAAGCGUGGCUGGCACAAAGGCUUCAAUCAAAAGAUCUAUGAGUAUGAGACGCCAACCAAAAGCGAAAAGCCCGUGGAUUACUCGCUGCCCAUCUUUGUGCUGGACGACACACAACCAGAGAGUAUUAAGGCCAAGGCGUAGAACAUUACACAUAGUACAGAAUUUCUUUGUAAAUAUGCUAGCGUCGCUGCUCGCUAUAAAUUAUGCUCUAUAGUCUACU